AUGGCGGCCCCAGCACCGGACAACGAUGUGCCGUCGUCGGCGGGACAAGAUCCGACACCCACUGGUAGUGCAGCUGUGCCGGAAGUCUCCGCUGGCGGAAAUGAACAUUCUAAAUCUGCCGAUGGAGCGGUCCGGGAGGACACCCAGGCGGGAAGCGCGGUGGCGGAAGGGACGGCAGCUGGGCAAGAUGGCGACUCUCCACACCGCGAGUUCCAUCACCAUCGGACUGUGAGUCGACGGUUGUCCAGUAAACGCGACUCCGCUUCGGCACCCAACGGGGCGGGACACAUGCAUUUGGGGAAGUCGAUUUCUUCCGUGUCUCAGUGCCAUCGAGAAGAGCACGCCCGACUGCUUCCGGUCGGCAGCAGUAUGAGCUUGGCUCCAGGCAUGGGCUAUGAAAAUGUGGAAACCGAGGUCAUUGAUCGCCUGAGUAAGAGCCAUGUUAGCCUUAAGGAGCUGGUCGAGACGGCAAGAAAGACCGACCCCGAAGCGUUCAGGAUGGCCGUCACUUUGACGGAACAAUCCCACCCCACGAGCGGGAAAAAUAGGUUCGCUUCACUUUCCAUUGAGGAACUGGCCAAGGAAUUCGGGUUGAAGGACUUGAACAACGGGCUAACCGAAGAGCAAGUGCAGGAGAACCGGCGGAUUUACGGGCCCAACAUCCUCGAGAAAGACAAGAGCGAACCGGUGUGGAAGAUUUUCAUCCAGCAGUUUCUGAGUCCGGUCGUCCUCCUCUUGCUCAUCGCGUCCAUUGCGUCGCUCGCCCUGCAGGAGUGGGUAGAAGGCGCCGCCAUUCUCAUCAUUGUGACUCUGAACGCUUCUCUCGCCACGUACAUGGAGAAAUCAGCAAGCAACGCGCUCGCAAAGCUGGCGAGCAUGGCGGCGCCAGGGUGCGUCGUGGUUCGCGAAGGGAAAGUCCAAACUGUGGGGGCGGUCGACGUGGUCCCCGGCGACGUCGUCGUGCUGGCCACAGGCAACAGCGUCGCGGCGGACAUGCGGUGCAUUGAGUCUGUGGAGCUGAAGACGAACGAAGCACUUCUCACGGGCGAGAGCGAGGACAUUUCCAAGACGUUGCGCGCCAAAGACUACGACACGCCGUUUGCGACCAACCUGUGCUUUGCUUCGACAAUCGUGACGAACGGAAGUGGACGGGGCCUCGUCUUCGCGACCGGAAUGGAAACACAAGUUGGCCGCAUUGCUCAGCAACUGAAGAAAGCGGGCGAAGGCUCGCGAUUGACCCCGCUGCAGCGAGGCUUGAAUCGCCUCGGAGGCAUGAUUGGGCUGAUCGCCAUUUGCGUCCUGAUCGUCGUCGUCGUUGUCGCCAUUCUGACCGGAUACAAAGAUCCUGCACACCCUGACGCCGACCCUGUCUUCACGAUCGUCCUGGUCGCCGUCGGCUUUGCGGUCUCCUCGAUUCCCGAAGGUUUGCCGAUGGUGGUGACGAUUUGCUUGUCGCUGGGCGCUCGAGACAUGGUGAAGAGAAAGGCGAAUGUGCGCAAACUCCCGGCUGUCGAGACACUGGGCUGCUGCUCCGUCAUCUGCAGUGACAAGACAGGGACGCUGACCGAAGGCAAAAUGACCGCCGUUCGGCUCGUCACUGUGUGCCGACAAGGGAAAGUUGUCAACGCCGACGGCUUCACCAAGAGUUUCGGAUUUUACCCCACAAAGGGCUUUGACCCUAACGGGGGCAUCUUCGACUUGAACAAGCUCGACGAGAAAACAAAGAACAACCUGAUGAUCCAGUACCGGGACGGCGCGUUCCAGGACUACGACGCGAUCUGCCACAACUACGGCAACCCCGCGAACAAAGACCCGACAACGAAACUCGUGCGCUCGGUCAUGCUCUCUGGCUACCUGAACUCGCACGCUACCACCCUCGAACGCGAUCCGGACACGAACCGGUGGCUGGCCAAAGGCAACAUGAGCGAGGGCGCCAUCGUCGUUGGUGCAGCCAAGGCCCGCUUCGGGUCUCCUCUCGCCGGGAAAAGCGAGCGCGCGGGAAUGCACGACGCGAAACUGGACUACCCGCGCGUGGCAGACCUGGAGGUCCCCUUCAACUCGUCUCGAAAAAUGAUGAUGACCGUCCACCAGUUGCCGUCUGCGAACUUCUUCGGCGACAUUUGCUUGAACAGCGACGGAAACAAGUACACCCACUGCGCGAUCGUCAAGGGUGCACCAGAUAGGGUUCUUCAGCACGUCCGGUACACCGUGAGGGAAGGGCUGUCCGGCCCCUCCGUGGAUUGGGAUACCCCGGUGACUCCUGAGGAGAUCCAAAGCGUUGAGGCUGUGAAUCUCGAUCUCUCCCAGCAGGCGCUCCGCGUUCUCGCGCUCACGUUCCGGCCUCUCACUGACGCCGAUGUGGCCGCUCUCAGGAAACAAGAUGGCGCCGAUCUGAGGCUGCGGUUCGCCCUCGGAGAAACCCGAGAGGAACUGUGUCUGCUUGGCGUGAUCGGCUCAGUGGACCCGCCCCGCCCCGGUGUACGCGAAGCCAUCGAACGCUGCGGAGAGGCAGGCAUUCGCGUCAUCAUGAUCACUGGGGACCAACGGCCGACUGCCGUCGCAAUUGCCAAGGACAUUGGACUGCUCACCUCGCACGACGACUCCGAACAGGCGAGCAUCCAGUGCUCAGGACUACACAUCGACGACGACCCCAUGAACGAGCACCUCCCCGAAGCCCAACUCGAUGAAAUCAUCGCCCGAGUGAAGGUCUUCUCGCGGGCGCAACCAGAAGACAAGAUCGCAAUUGUCGAGGCUUUGAAGCGCCAAGGCCACACUGUGGCGAUGACGGGCGACGGCGUGAACGACGCACCCGCUCUGAAGGCGGCCGACAUCGGCGUGGCGAUGGGCAUCGCCGGAACAGAUGUCGCCAAGGGCGCCAGCGAAAUGGUGCUGCUCGAUGACAACUUCGUCACCAUUGUCGCCGCAGUCGAAGAAGGCCGAAAGAUCUACUCGAACAUCCAGAAGUUUGUCUGCUUCCUGCUCGGAACAAACAUCGGCGAAAUCAUCUACUUAACCAUAGCGAUCGCUGCGUCCAUGCCGCUGCCGCUCGAAGCCCUCCAAGUCCUCUUCCUCAACCUCAUGAGUGAUGGAUGCCCCGCCGUGGCGCUCGCCAAGGAACCUUCCGACGACGAAAACAUGAAGAUUCCCCCGCGUCCUCGUAAGCAGCCGAUCAUGACUCGGGACUGGUGGCUGUACGGCAACCUCCCGCACACGGUUUUCGAGGCCGGCUGCGUUCUCAUGUCUCUCGCGCUGGGUCUGUAUCUCUGCACGGGUGUCGUCCAGUUGACCCCCCUGCACGACCAGUGCUCCUACUACACUGCGAUAGACGUUUCCAACAACAAGGAAAUUGACUACCGCUAUUUCUGCCGGUCGUUCGAGUACCGAGUCACGCAGGAUUACACUGGCUGGGUGACGCACAUCGACUUCUGGAACCCUGAAACGCAAACGAUGGAGCAAGUUCUCGGCGCGAUCGCGGGAAAGCACCCAGAUGUCACUGUCCGUACACCCGGGCUCGCGGAGUACAUCACCGAGGCCAUGUCCGACGGCUGUCCGUCAGAUGUCGCCACAGAUCCAAAGACAGGCUUCUGCAUGCCCGCGGCCGGCACGACAGUCUCCUCGAGCUCGGAGACUCCCAAGGGGGCUGCGCCGAGGGACUAUUUCGACGUCUCGGCGCGCGGCGCAAAGAUGGGACGCACAUGCUCCUUCAUCACCGCCGUCUGGUGUGAAAUGCUCAGAGCCUACACGGUUCGCUCCUGGCACUGGUUCUUCCUGGUCUUCAACCGGAACCCGUGGAUGCACCUGGCGUGCAGCAUUUCCGCGACGCUCACCUCGCUGCUCACGAUUGUCCCCGGCAUCCAGAGCGCGUUCUCCACGUGUGCGCUGCCGUGGUACCUUUACCUCUUCGCCAUCGGCUGCGGGUUCGUCAACCUCAUCCUCGACGAGUUGAUUCCCAAGCCGCUGUACCGCUGGAAGAACGCUCGGGAGACGAGAGCGGCUCUGGCUUCCAAAGCGUCGGCUGUCGCCUAA